AGCAGGGCUUAUACAGGAGGGGUAAAGAAGAGAAAGGAGAGAAGCCAGAGUAGAAACAGAGAGACCCAUAGAGGAAGACAACUAAAGGGCUUAUAUUCACAAAAUGAUUCUCAGACUGCAAAAAUGGGCCUGAUAAUUGUUAACACAAAACCAACACAGUUUUUAAUUUAACAGGAUUAUUCUUAUAUAAAGUCAGUUAUUGUUUGCCUGAUUAACUGUUGCGCUGGAACUGCUAAGGAAAACACAGGGUCGGAGGUGGGGCACCAGGAGAAAACGGGCUGCAGUCAGUUCGAGCAGGAAGCUUGAACGCAGGCUCCGAGGAGCGAUGAAGACGGCCAGGCGGGCCAGCAACUUGGAGGUGCCCUCUUUCCUCCGCCAGCUAGUCAAAGAGACGGAGAAGAUGGUCACCUUUUUCUUCAAAGGGGGGCCCAAGGAAACUGGGUCUGAGGACGAGGACAAUUUGGAUGACGACUUGAUGCCGAGCCCAUACCUGGAUCGUCCCAUCUUGGAGAAGCAUGUGUCAGAGGGAGGUUCUCAGGUGGGGGUGAACUACGCUGUGGGGAGCAUGCAGGGCUGGAGGGCUCAGAUGGAGGAUGCUCACACCUGCAUGCCCCAGCUGAAAGGAGAGCUGACAGAGUGGGGAUACUUUGCGGUUUAUGAUGGACAUGCAGGCACCACAGUGGCACAGUACUGCUCCAAACACUUGCUGGAGCACAUCCUAGCAACAGGUAGGGUCAAAGCAAACGAGGAUCCCGAGCAGGUAAAGGAGGGGAUUCGCGAAGGCUUCCUGAACAUUGAUCGCCACAUGCACAAACUGACUCGCCAGGACAACUGGGAUCGCAGUGGCUCCACUGCAGCAGCUGUGUUGACUUCGCCAUGCAACAUUUACUUUAUCAACUGUGGGGACUCUCGUACCCUGCUCUGUCGUAAUGGCCAGGUGGUUUUCUACACAGAGGACCACAAGCCGUUCAACCCCAGAGAAAAGGAGCGCAUCCAGAACGCUGGAGGCUCGGUGACCCUGCAGAGAGUCAACGGUUCGCUGGCCGUUUCCAGAGCACUGGGGGACUUUGACUUCAAGGAGGUGGACUGGAGGCCGGAGACGGAGCAGCUAGUGUCGCCCGAGCCAGAAGUGUAUGAGAUGGAGAGGACGGCCGAAGACGAGUUCCUAAUUCUAGCAUGUGACGGGGUUUGGGAUGCCAUUGGUAACGAGGAACUGUGUGCCUUUGUCCGCAGCCGUCUGCAGGUGUGCGAUGACCUGAGAGAUAUUUGCAGCCAAGUGAUCGACCUCUGUCUCUAUAAGGGCAGCUUGGAUAACAUGAGCAUCAUCAUCAUCUGCUUCCCCGGCGCCCCCCAGGUGUCCCAAGAGGCACUGCAGAAGGAGGCAGAGCUUGAGCAACAGAUUGAUAUGAAAGUGGAAGAAAUUAUCCAGAUGAUUAAGUCCAGGGAUGAGGAUCCUGACCUUGUGUACGUGAUCAAGUUCCUGGCGGCAGAAGAGAUACCAGGGCUCCCACCAGGAGGAGGCAUCACCAGCAAGCGAGACUGUAUCAUCUCUUCAUAUCAGAAACACACCGUGACUCUCAAAUCUCAGGAGGCUAUGGACACCGAAGGGUCAGAGGAGGACUCAAACUAAAAAAAGCAGUUACCAUGGAAACAGAAUCAUCACCGGCUUUACCGUCUCCAUGGCGACUGUCCUAAAUGAGAGACUUUACAUUUCAGACGAGCAUUGAACUAACAAUGAUUGUUUGUGAAAUAUAUUGUCUUUGCGCAUUUGCUUUCUGGCAAAUUAAAGUACAUUUCAAAUCAAA